UCGUGGAAGACCUCGAUCCAGGAGACUCGUUCACCACUUCUUUGAUAGAAAUCUUGGUGAAGGAGCUCAGCGAGCGCCGACAACGACACACAAUCGCGGACAAGCGUCUCAUCUCGGAUCGCACUUCGAAAAGCUUGCACAUGCUCACCGUUCCUCAACGCAUCUAUCGAGACCGAGGCGGUAUGCGUGGUUUGAUGAGCCGCCGUUCGCUGAAUUUAGCGGAAUAUCUAGCGGUGCCGCCGGAAGAGAUGGACGUGGACGACGACAACGAUAGCCUGGACAGUGUCCUGGAUCUGCCGGGGGCCGUGGAGGGUGCGAGAAUGAAUGCGGAGCUUUAUGAUGCGUAUUCAGUGGUGCCACCACACGAUGCUCCUUCCUCCACAUCUAGAGCGCCCAGAGUGCAGCAGCAUGCCAUGGUCAGAUUAACGGAGGACGAAAUGCUGCGCGAAAUGCACGCGCGAUACCCGCUAACUGCACCCACGGGCCCUGCAUACUCCGGCCCCACACCAUCAUCUGGAUCGGCGUACCCCCCACGCCAGCCUACCACCCGCCGCCCACCCGUGCGCUCUCGGACGGUCGACUUUAACGACUUCACGUCUCGCCGCCGCUCCAGCACUCGGGAGAACACCGCAGGCGCCGACGAGACGUCCAGCUCGCGACCCGCAGACGGCAGCGCGCAGGCAUCCGGAGAACGGAGGGGUUUGCUUACAUCGCUCUCGAACCCAUCUGCAUCUGUUGGGAACGUGCCCCGGCGCUUCUUCCAGCCCUUUCGGCGACCGGAGAUGAGCAUACCGUGGACGAUGUCGCCCGAACCGGUAGAGCAUCCCCAUCCUGCCGCGAGUCAGAUGUCGAACACCGAGCGCGAGCGCACAUAUCUCUCGUGGCUCUCGCACACGCCCGCGCCGCAGCCACAGCCCGCCGCGCUGCGCGUGUCCCCACCAUCUACGGUCGAGCAUCGUGAUUCCGAGCCGGACCGCGCGAGCCCGGCACCUGAAACUGGUCCGCGGCCCGCAACACACCGCCUUCGCAGAGGGGGCGUACGCCCGCCCGAGAGCCUGCUGCUGAGGCAUGUACCCACGGAGUCUGGAGAACUAUAUUCGCAUUCGAGAUAUACAGUACCGCGGCCGAUCCAUGUGUAUCCAAUGGCAGACGACGCUGCGAGCGGUGUGGAAAACCGGAUCGAGUCUGAGCAGGGUGCGGUGCAAGGGUACGAGAAUGCGGGAGACUACGGAGAGGACGCUUCGCGAUACUCUACUUGAUUGCGCUUGAGGUCUGUUAGUCGUUCUAUUCGUACUUUGGACUUUCUUCUUCUUUUCGCAAUUGUGGGCGCUACUCACGAUGCAUGCACCUUCCCAGUGCUUGGAAUAGACCUCACUUUGCCUGCAGCAGAAUCAGUCGUUUUUCGUUUUAUUGUCAUGAUACCUUUCGUGUGUAUGUAGGCUAUCUUUAGCUGUAGACAAAUAUGUUGACACUUUCUCACGCUC